CGAGCACCUGAGAGUGUGAGCCCCACGUCCGCAGCACCGCGACCCGCUCUGGGUCCUUCGCCUACGCGGCUCAGAACAAGCCGGUGGUCGUGAUGGCGUUUGCAAGCUGGUGGUACAAGACGCAUGUCAAUGAAAAAAGCAGUGGAUCAUCUUCUAAACAAGGAGAAAAGAAAGGAUCGGAUGAGAAAAAAGCAUCGAACUUGGGGAGCAGUCACCCCUCCAGAGCUCAUGCCAGUGGAGCAGCCUCAGACACCAAGGUAUCAGCCUCCUCAGGUGCAACUGCCAAGACUUCCAGUAUGAAUACCACAGAAAGCCAGUGCAAGUGUCAGCCAACUUCAGGUGUCAUGAAACAUCAAAUCACAAGAAUUCCUAGCAGUCCGGCAAGCAGCAAACAGAUGGAAGGACUACAUCCUCCUAACAAGAAAAGACACAAAAAACAGGUUGCAAAAACACAACCUGAGAAGUCACAAUCACCUGAGAAGUCACAAUCAACUAAGCCCUCUGUGGUCCAUGAGAAAAAAUCCCAAGAAGGAAAGCCAAAGGAACACACAGAGCCAAAAAGCCUCCCUAAGCAUGUACCAGAUGCAGGAAGCAAGCAAGCACAUAAAGAAAAAGCAGUUUCCAAAGCAAAUGAGAAGCUUACAUCAGAGAAAUCAACAGAACCAAAGUCACAGGUGAAAUCACAAGACCAUGUUUCUGCUGGGGGAGAAACUAUUGUUGCUGGUGUAUCUGCAGCACCAGUCAAAGCAGAUGAUAAGAAAAAAGAAAAGAAAUCAUUAACUCCUGAAGUGCCAGUCAACUCCAAACCGGAUAAACCAGGAAAGUCAGGCCUGGAUGCUGCUUUGGAUGACCUAAUAGACACUUUAGGAGAACCUGAAGAAACUAAUGAAAACAAUACACCAUAUACUGGGCCAGUAGUUUCGGAUCCAAUGUUUUCGACCAACAUUGAAGAACUGGGUAAAAGAGAAGUCACAAUUCCUCCCAAAUAUAGGGAACUUUUGGCUAAAAAGGAAGGGAUCACUGGGCCUCCUCCAGACUCUCCGAAAUCUAUGGGGCCAGAUGAUGCCAUAGAUGCCUUGUCAUCUGAUUUCACCUGUAGUUCUCCUACCACUGAAGGAAAGAAAACUGAGUCAGAGAAAUCCACAGGAGAGGUUUUAAAAGCUCAAUCAGCUGGGGUAGUCAGAAGUACUGCUCCACCCCAGGAAAAGAAAAGAAGGGUGGAAGAGGAUGCCAUGAGUGAUCAAGCACUUGAGGCUCUGUCAGCUUCACUGGGUACCCGGAAAUCAGACCCUGAGAUCGACCUCAGCUCCAUUAAGGAAGUUGAUGAGGCAAAAGCUAAAGAAGAAAAACUAGAAAAGUGCGGUGAGGAUGAUGAGACAGUCCCAUCUGAGUACAGACUAAAACCCGUCACGGAUGAAGAUGGAAAACCACUAUUGCCAGAGCCUGAAGAAAAAUCCAAGCCCCGGAGUGAAUCAGAACUCAUUGAUGAACUUGCAGAAGAUUUUGACCAGUCGAAAAGUAAAGAAAAGCAAUCUGAGCCAACUGAAAAAACAGAAAAAUCUAAAGUCACUGCCCCAGUUCCUGUGGCAGAGCCUGUGUCACGGACCUCCAUGUGUAGCAUACAGUCAACACCACCCAAGACCACAUCCUUGGAGGACAUGGCACCCAAUGAUGCUGUAGAAGCCUUGGCUGGCAGCCUGGGGAAAAGGCAAGCAGAUCCAGAAGAUGCAAAGCCUGAAGUGGAUAAAGUCAAGGAGAAAGCCAAAGAAGAAGACCGGGAAAAGCUUGGUGAAAAAGAAGAAACAAUUCCUCCUGAUUAUAGGCUAGAAGAGGUCAAGGAUAAAGAUGGAAAACCAUUCCUGCCUAAAGAUCCCAAGAAGCAGUUUUCGGCCCUGAGUGAUGACUUCCUUGUUAAUGCGUUGUCCGAGGAUUUCUAUGGUUCUCCAGACGCUUCCUCUCUUAAAUUGGAUGAUGCUAAACUUUCUGCUGUCAUGUCUGAAGUGGUUUCCCAAACCCAAGCUCCUACCACCCAAACUGCAGCUCUGCCCCCAAACACCACGCAGAGAGACAAAGAACUUGAUGAUGCUUUGGAUAAACUUUCUGACCGUCUCGGGCAAAGAAAGCCUGACCCUGAUGCUAACAAACCAAUGGAAGAUAAAGUAAAGGAGAAAGCUAAAGCAGAACACCGAGACAAGCUGGGAGAAAGAGAUGACACUAUCCCACCGGACUAUAGACAUCUCCUGGACAAUGAUGGACAGGACAAACCAGCCAGCCCAGCUACAAAGAAAUCAAAGAAACCUGAAGACGACCAAGACCCCAUUGAUGCCCUCUCAGGAGACCUGGACAGCUGUCCAACUCCAGAAACCUCACAGAACACAGCAAAGGAUAAGACCAAGAAGACCGCCUCCAGUUCCAAAAUUCCUAAGAACGGAGGUAAAGCAAAGGAUUCUACACAGAGAACAAAGGAAAUUUCCAAGCCAGAUGGUGAAGGAAAAACAAGCUAAAAUUUACAAUUCGGUAUCUGCAUCUAAAACCUUCACCUGGUGGAUGGUGACUUGGAAGAACAAAGGAUUUCAGCAAUAGACAAAUUUUCUGGGUGGCUUCUUGAUGGUGGUCUUUCUUAAGCCUUUUGACAUCGUACGCAUUGAUUUGUUAUUCUUUUCCAGAAAGAAAAUGAAUUUGUCUGUUUCACCUGUGUUAUUGAUUGUUGGUAAACUUUGAAUUUUUUACAAAUUGCCUUUAGUUAGGAGAGAAAGGAAGCUUUAUAUUUGUUAGAGAAGUAUAUUUGAUAAAGUUUCUUAAAGCACCACCAAAAGAAAAAUUUAAAACUAGAAAGAAAACUUUGCAAACUUUUGCACAUUUUACACACAGUGCCUGUUAAAUCUCAUUAGUAUUUUCAGUUUACACAGCAUUUUUUUAGCAUUUGGAAAAUAAUGCUUUAAAUAUUUGUCAGUGCUCAGAUUCCUUUUAUUCCCUUUCUUCCUGAGUUUUUGAGCUAUAUUUGAUGUUUCUUUGGGUUAAUGUUCAUAAGUCAACCCUAAAGUAUUGUAUAUUGGGCAUAUAUCUUCUCUUGGGCUGAUAAUAAUAAAUUAAUAAUAAUGUGGAAAAAACAGAAGAACAGAAAACACCAGUCUCCAUUUUUCAUUGGAGUUUUUCUUUGCCAGGGGUGAGACUUUUGUACCAUAUAGUCAGAUGAAAAAUUGACUUGUUAAGUCAGAACAGCAAAAUACAGGCUAGCAAAAGCACUGGAUAGCAAGUC